AUGAUCCUAGGGUUGACAAAUAUACACAGGAGGGUCUGGAAGUUAAUUCCGGGUUCUCACACCAAGCCCGAGACUAGGUCUGUGGCGGCCCCAGGCAUGGUCUGGUUCACGAAUGAAGAGAUCCGUCUCUGGCUGUUGGUGAAGACCCCCACCGUCGACGACGUCCUCGGCGUUGAAGCUGGCGGGGUGUUCCCGCCGGGUUGGAUCCAGCAAAGAGCUCUCAACCUAGAUGCGCGAUGCCAGCGGAAGACGAAGGACGACGAACUACUGCUGGUGGAUAAGAUCCGCAUCGGUUUGAUCACGAAGGGCUACGCUGAGUUCCGGGAGGAGUACGUGAGCCCUGACUCGGACCCGGACGAGGAAUGCUACGAAUCUGAGGAGGAGGUGACUUCUGUCCUCCGGGAGGAGUAA